AUGUUGAGUGUACUCCGUGGCCCCAACUUCUCAUGGCUGCCUCGCACAUUAGCAGCUUUCAAACACACUAUAGACUUCUCAAAGGUCCCCAAAAUUCAAGAACACGAACUAAGUGAGGCAUUUGUCAGAGGGAGUGGUCCGGGAGGGUCUGCAGUGAACAAAAAUGCCAAUUGUGUAGUCCUCACGCAUCUGCCUACAGGUACAGUAGUGAAAUGUCACAUAAGCAGAUGUCAAGAUGAGAACAGGAAAUUAGCUAGAGAGAUGUUGGUGGAGAAAUUGGAUGAAACAUUGAACGGAGAGGAGAGUGUGGCGGCCCAGAGAAGGAGACUUCAGGAGCAAAAAUAUAAGAAGAAUGAGUAUAAGAAAAAGAAGAUGGCUCAGCUCAAGAGUGAGUGGAAGAAACGGGAGGGGCUAGAAUAGGUUAUAAUAUAUAUGAAAUAAUGUAAAUUAUUUUUGUCAAGUUGUAGAUAGUUGAAAUAUAAGGAUUAAAAAA